CUCUAUCUUGGUACUUUUGUGACAUCUCGUUUAAACACAAAGUUGUCGAAGGAGGAGUAUCUUGAUCGGAUGCAACAGCUGCAAGUACUUGUCCGAACCACAUGCCCAUCGAAUCAUAUCGAUUACUACAUUUUCGUAUUUGCUAUAUCCUGUAUCAUAUGUUCGGCGGCCUUUUCAUUGAUCGCUCGUUCGGCCGAUAUAUCGAUGUGGUAUCCCCUAAUUCUAUUACUGAUCCCAGCUUUACUAAGUUUCUGGACCAGUCGUCGAAGGUCGACGAUGCUUGUCCGUAUCAAAGAGUUUGAACGUUCACUGAAGCAAAUUUUACGUGAAUUCACGAAAACAGAUUCACUCAGUCGUUUACGCUGGUCUUUUCGUCGACCCACCCCCGAGGACGCUGUCCCUUCUCAAUACGGAUCGGCACGACUAUGCCUAAUUAUCGAACUCGCUCAACUCGAUCCUGAACUUGGCACCUAUUUCGCCGACCACAACGACGGUUUGCCAUCCUACCAAACGGCAUUAUUG